AUGAAGUAUACAACGAAUAUACACGGAGAUGUGAAAGUGUUUGUGGGGCCAUUGCAUAGGAGUCUGAAGGAAAAAUCACUCAAAAAAAUUUGGAUCAGGAGAAGUUUAAGGUCUAAAGAAGUACAAAGUUGUGUUGUGGAUUUGAAGAACCAGGAUUUAGUGAAAGCGUGGAGUGGUGGCACAAAGACGCCGGCACCAGAAUUGAGUAGAAGUCAAUAUUCCCUGGUUUCAACUGGAGAUUUAAGUCCUGAAGCUCUUCAGGUAUGGCUGAAACUUCCCAAGAAGAUAAAGUACGACCCUGAACUAGAGCCAUUCCAGAAGAGAUACGAAAAGGAAAUAGCCGGCAAGCAGGAAGAAAUUGCACUUAGAAUUAAAAAUGGUUCAGUACCAGAAACGAAACGGCUGCCGCUAGUAAAAUCAGCACCACAUCUUAAUAAUAAUAAAGUAGAAGAAACUCCUAGCGCUGCUCUUGAUGGGGUUGAAAUUGAAAAUGCUGUCAAAGAUAAGAAUGGGAUCGAUUCAAACUCACAUAAGCGGAAGAGUAAGUUCGCGUCAGCUCGUCACUACAUCAAAAUGUCCCUUUUAUUGGGAUGUUGGUUCUUCUUUACUAUAGUUUUCAUGAUGUACAACGAAAAGGAAGACGUGCACAGAAAUUCAUAUGUAAAUCCAGGAGAAAUUAAGAGUUACGUAUUAAAUAUAUCUGACGCGUCUCUGUCUCUUCGCGUAAAACUAUCGGGACCUUUUCUCAGCGAGCAAGCGGAGGGGAAAAUGAAUUCCUCCGAAAUGACAGGUUAUAUGAAAAUGGAUGUUUGGCUGGAGAAAUGGAGGGUGGAAAAUGUAGGCAAGGUGAUAUCAGAAAAAGAUGUUCUUGACAAAGAGGUUUCCAAAAUCUGGACGAUUCUUCUCCAAGAAGAUGACUUGGACUUCACAACGGGGGAAUCUCGAUCCAGUAUUAUUAUGUUAGAAUCAAAUUCCACCAAUGGGAGCUCUGUGUUUGCUCUUAGAAUGCAAACAACAGCCAAUCAGAGCGCGCCGAUUAGUUUGAACUAUGUAAUAAAUCCGUUGGAUCGUAAUACAGGAGUUAUAUAUUCCUGUAUUCUAUUAUGUGGAUUGUAUAUAUUGAUUAUAUUUGAGGUCAUCAAUCGAACGAUGGCAGCAGUUCUAAUAUCUACUACAUCAUUAGCAAUUCUUUCAAUAAUAGGAGAAAGACCUUCUCUCCCUGAGCUCAUCUCAUGGCUGGACGUGGAAACUCUCCUACUACUCUUCAGCAUGAUGAUAUUAGUAGCAAUAAUGGCUGAGACUGGAAUGUUUGAUUUCCUAGCAGUAUUUACUUUCGAGGUGACAAAAGGAAAACUAUGGCCAUUGAUAACAUUACUGUGUGUGAUAACAGCGGUUCUCUCAACCUUCCUAGACAAUGUCACCACAGUCCUUUUAAUGACCCCAGUUACUAUUCGGCUCUGUGAAGUUAUGGACAUGGAUCCUGUCCCAAUCCUCAUGUCUAUGGUGCUGUUCAGUAAUAUAGGUGGUACGGCGACACCGGUAGGAGAUCCGCCGAAUGUUAUUAUAGCAUCUAAUAAAGAUGUUGUACAAUCGGGUAUAAACUUUACAAACUUCACAAUGCAUAUGACUAUUGGCAUCUUGCUUGUAUGCGUACAGACAUACUUUCAGCUACGUUAUAUAUAUAGAGAUACAAACAAACUUCGAUUGAAUGUUCCAAGGGACAUACAAGAUAUACGUCAUCAAAUAUCUAUAUGGCGUAGAGCGAUAGAAUCUCUCCCGCACUUGAGUAAAGAUCAACAUGUUGUAAGAGAAAGGUUGGAAAGAAAAGUGACGAAAUUAAACUUACAAUUGGAUACUAUGGUCAAAGAAAGCUACAAAAGAGUAUGCCCGAAAGAAACUUUUCAGACAACGCUUAGCCAAUUGAAAGAUAAGUACGUAGUGAGGGAUAAAAUGCUGUUAAUCAAAUCAACUAUAGCCAUUACCUUUGUAGUCGUUGUGUUUUUCUUACAUUCGAUGCCGGAAUUAAACCGAGUGUCUUUAGGAUGGACGGCACUUUUAGGAGCAAUUCUAUUACUGACUUUAGCUGACAGAGAAGAUCUCGAACCAAUAUUACACAGAGUUGAAUGGUCUACUUUAUUAUUUUUUGCCGCUUUAUUCGUACUUAUGGAGGCAUUAUCAAAACUCGGUCUAAUCGAGUUUAUUGGUGGUAUUACUGAAUCUUUAAUACUCAAAGUAGACGAAAAUGGCAGAUUAGCGGUGGCAAUUUUACUCCUAUUAUGGGUUUCAGGUGUAACGUCAGCAUUUGUAGACAACAUACCUCUUACUACGAUGAUGGUUCGCGUUGUCAUUGCGUUAGGAUCAAACCCGAAUCUAAAUUUACCUAUAACACCAUUAAUAUGGGCCUUGUCGUUUGGAGCUUGUUUGGGAGGUAACGGUACAUUAAUCGGUGCUAGUGCCAACGUGGUAUGCGCGGGCGUAGCUGAACAACACGGAUAUCGGUUUACAUUCAUGCAGUUCUUUAAAAUAGGUUUCCCAGUCAUGAUAGGACAUCUCAUAGUCGCAUCUGGAUAUCUACUCGUCUGUCAUUGCGUGUUUACCUGGCAUUAG